CCCAUACCCUUUCUACGACAAGCUCUACCAAUCGCACAAAUGCUUACCAACCUCCUCGCCCUCUUCACCUUCCUCUUCACCCUCCUCUCCUCCGUCCGCGCCGAGGACUUCGUCGAUGCUACUAUCGCCGCUGGUCACGGUAAUGCGUGGAAGUACGGAACUGGUGGUGGGUUGAUUGGGUUGAUUGUGUUUGUCUUGGAUGUUAUGGUCUUCAUCGAGGUCGUCAAGUCCACGCGCCCCACCUCUCACAAGCUCCUCUGGAUCGCCGUUGUGUUCUUCUUCCCCGUUCUCGGUCUCAUCCUUUACGCUUUGUUCUCUAACCGUGAGGGACACCGCUCUUCUGGUGCCGACUACGAGACUUUGCCUUAG